UAAACCCAGCGGCAAAACCCCCAAAAACCGCUUUAUCCUCUCCAGAUCUCUUUCUCUUUCUAUAUACACUGAAUAUUCCUUCGUUCAAAUUUAUGAGAGCUUUCAUAUUCAUACUGAAUUGAAAAAUUAUCCUUUUUUUCGUUCCAUUUUUGAUUUCUGGUUCAGUAUUUCAUCGGUUCAGUGAUCUGUGAAGUUUAGCAGCUUUUAUGAUAAUCUGAAUUCUGGAUAACUCUAUUUGGUCUUUUUCUGCUCUGGGUUGUUUUCUACUUUUCAAUUUUGUUCAUUGGGUUGAAAAAAUCUGUUUUUUUUCGUUUUUUGGGUCCGCAUUUGAUUGGUUCAGUAAUCAGUGAUCUGUGAAGUUCAGUUUCUAUGCUAAUCUGAAUUCUGGGUAACUUGACUGUUUUUUUUUUCUGCUCUAGGGUUUUUCGUUUUCAAUUUCUGUUCAUAGACUUUGAAAAAUUCUCUGUAUUUUCGUUUUCUAGUUCCGCAUUUGAUUGGUUCAGUGAUAUGUGAAGUUCAGGUUCUAUGUUAAUUUGAAUUCUGGGUAAUUCGAUUGGUCUUUUUCUGCUCUAGGUUUUUUUACCUUUUCAAUUUUUGUUCAUAGGGUUGAAAAAAUUUCUCCCUUUUACCUUUUCUGGUUCGGCAUUUGAUUGGUUCAGUGAUCUGUGAAGUUCAGCUUCUAUGCUAAUUUGAAUUCUGGGUAACUCGACUGGUCUUUUUCGCAUUUUUUCUAUUCAAUUUAUGUUCAUAGAGUUGAAAAAUUCUCUGUAUUUUUCUUUUCUGGUUCCGCAUUUGAUUGGUUCAGUGAUCUGUGAAAUUGAGUGUCUACUCUAAUCUGAAUUUUGGUUUCUCGUGGGGUUUUCCAUUUCAAUUUUUGUUCCUUCAUAGUUAAAAAUUUCUCAUUUUUUUGUUUUCUGGUUCAGCAUUUGAUCGGUUCAGUGAUCUGUGAAGUUUAGCUUUUAUGCUAAUUUGAAUUCUGGUAACUCGACUGGCCUUUUUCAUUUGAUUGUUCUGGUUCUGCAUUUCAUCAGUUCAACAAACAACAUACUCAGUGAAAUCCCACAAAUGUGUGAUGGUGAGUUCCGAGAGCUUAAGUGAGUCUGCUGCACCACCACCAAUGAAAUAUGGUGUCACAAAGCCAUUAUCUCUUGCUGGGCCGACUGAGGCAGAUCUUCAAAGAAAUGCUGAACUAGAAAAGUUUUUGAGGGAAUCAGUAUUGUAUGACAGUGAGGAAGAGACUGCAAGGAGAGAAGAAGUACUGCGGCGACUUGAUGAGAUUGUAAAACAAUGGGUGAAACAAUUGACUCGCCAGAGAGGCUACCCAGAUCAAAUGGUUGAGGAUGCAAAUGCUAUCAUAGUCACCUUUGGCUCUUAUCGUCUAGGGGUUCAUGGACCAGGAGCUGAUGUUGACACAUUGUGUGUUGGUCCCUCCUAUGUCAAUCGAGAAGAAGAUUUCUUUAUCCUUCUUCAUGAUAUUUUAGCUGAAAUGGAAGAAGUUCGUGAACUUCAACCAGUUCCCGAUGCUCAUGUCCCUGUUAUGAAAUUCAAAUUUCAAGGGAUAUCAAUUGAUCUUCUUUAUGCAAGUAUAACUCUCUUGGUUAUUCCUGAAGAUUUGGAUAUCUCAGACCAAUCUAUACUCUAUAAUGUGGAUGGACCAACUGUUCGAAGUCUGAAUGGUUGCCGAGUUGCUGAUCAAAUACUGAAACUAGUUCCCAAUGCUAAGCACUUCCGCACAACUCUUAGAUGUCUGAAGUUCUGGGCCAAAAGACGUGGUGUUUAUUCCAAUGUUACUGGAUUUCUUGGUGGGGUGAAUUGGGCUCUUUUGGUUGCUCGCAUUUGCCAGUUUUACCCAAAUGCAAUCCCUAGUAUGCUUGUUUCUAGGUUCUUCCGUGUUUAUACACAAUGGCGUUGGCCAAAUCCUGUGAUGUUAUGCCCAAUAGAAGAGGAUGAACUUGGGUUUCUUGUUUGGGAUCCGCGCAAGAAUCCUAAAGACAGAACUCAUCAUAUGCCAAUCAUCACUCCUGCCUACCCUUGCAUGAACUCUAGCUAUAACGUCUCACCAAGCACUCUUCGAGUAAUGAUGGACCAAUUUCAGAUUGGUAACAAGAUUUGUGAGGAUGUGGAGUUGAAUAAAGCACAGUGGCCUGCUCUUUUUGAGCAUUAUUUUUUCUUUGAGGCGUACAAAAACUAUCUCCAGGUUGAAAUCGUAGCAGCAGAUAAUGAUGAUUUGCUAGCUUGGAAAGGAUGGGUGGAAUCACGGCUUCGACAACUCACGCUAAAGAUAGAGCGGGACACCAAUGGGACGUUGCAGUGCCAUCCUUAUCCUAAUGAAUUUGUGGACAUGUCGAAGCCAUGCCCUCAUUGUGCUUUUUUCAUGGGUUUGCAGAGGCAAAAGGGUGUCAAAGUACAAGAAGGUCAACAGUUUGAUAUUCGUGGAACAGUCGAUGAGUUUAAGCAAGAUGUAAGCAUGUACUCUUAUUGGAGACCGGGCAUGGAUAUUUAUGUCUCGCAUGUUCCUAGGAGGGAAAUUCCUGCUUAUGUCUUUCCUGAUGGGUGUAAGAGACCACGUCAAUCUAGAAAUACAACUCAGCAUACUCCCGAGAAAGAUGCCAAAGGUUGCAUGUCUUCUGAAGAAAAGCGUUCAAAGAGGAAGCAGGAAACCCAUACAGUUGAUGUACAGUCCGACAAACUGCCGAAACGUGCUUCUAUUAGUCCUCAAGAUAUAGGAUCUGUGUCUCCUGCAAGUGUUUCUAGUCGGUCAGGCGGAUCAUCACAGAUAAUCACUCCUGAGGAGUCACUCCACGAGGUGAAGACUGCUGGCCUUCAAAACCGAAGUUCUGAUGAUAAAUCAACAGAGGAUACUGGGGAGCAGAAACCAUGCAUUUCUGAGUGAAAUGAAAAUUCCAGCCUGAUAGUUUAGACAUCAUCACAUCAAGGAACUUUUUGGGAGUUAUAAAAGAAGGUUUUCUUGACCAGUGCAACAUAACAUUCUUCUGUAGCCAGGAGGCGCUUAGUACUUGUGAACAAUGUUCUAGAGGUGCCCCAGCUUUGCAGGCUAUGCAGGAUGACAAAAAGGUGGAUGAUGAUGAGCAGCUCGAUGGACCAGGUAUACGAACUUGAGGUGGGUGGAUGGUGUGAAGGAGUUGAAAUGUGCUCGCAUCAAAUUCCAAAAUUCAAAACCUCUUUGAGGAGUCUGAGUUUUUGACUCACGAAUAGUGGCCGAUGGCAGUGAGAGACUGGAAGCUUUGAGUCGUUGCAGGAUGAUACAAGACUAAAUUUCAGUUGUGUGGGACGGAUGUCGAAGUGAUAAUCGGAUAGUGCAUGAACUACACUACAAAUCCAGCAGCAGGGGUUAAAGGCAGCACAACUUCAUCAAAUUAGCAAAAUCAAGAUUUUCCCCAGACAACAAAAAAUCAACAGCAAGAGAGAGUAGAACUAGAAUGCAGCACCAGAGUCCAGCAGCAUAGCUAUUGAGGUGACAGAAGUUUCAAAAUUUGAAAGAGAGAGAGAACAUGGAUGGUGAAAAGACUGAAUUUGUAAAAAGCCAUAUUAGCACUUUGUU